AUGGCCCCCGACAUCUUGCACCUGCCCGACGGGCAGACCUUUGACGUCACCCCCGUCUUCGCCGGCGUCGGUUUCCGCAGCCACGAGUACAACACCCAUCACCACCCCUACCCCGCCGGCUGGACCACCGUCCUGCACACCGAGGAGGAUCGCGUCUUCCUCAACAGCGAGCACGGCAAUCACGUCGACCACAGAACGCACAAGGACUCCGCUCGCGAGCUCACCGAGCUCGACGACUCCAAUGGCGCCAGACACACCCACAAGCUCACUCGUCCCUUCACGGCGCCGACGCUCACCAACGACACCCUCUUCAUCUCCUCCAUCGCCAACCCCCCCAGCGCCGAGUUCAAGCCCGCCACCAGCCCGACCCGCCAGAUUGCCAUGAUGCUCUGGGUCACCCUCUACUGGUACUUUCACCAGCCCGAGCCCGUGUCCACUGUCGACACGGCCCACUCGCGCGACACCCCCGAGGCCGCGAAGCCCCGCGCCGACUGGAAGAUCUACAUCCGGCGCGAGGGCGUCCUGCGCGGCCGCAACCUGAUCCCCAAGCUCGAGCGCAUGGGGCUCAUCGCCUCCGAGGACUCGGCCGUCGGCACCGGCCACGACGACACCGGCGAGAGCUGGGCCCGCAUGUUUGUCUCCAAGCGCAUGUUCUGGCAGAUCCCCGGCCACCUCUUCCUCUUCACCCUCCAGCCCAUGCGCGGCCUCUCCCCGGGCCUGGGGUCCUACCCGGGCUCCCCCGCCGGCAGCCGCCCGAGCUCUCCCAGCCGGCCCGGCUCGCCCGGCGUCGACACCCCGAUGCUGCUGCCACCCACGUCGCACCAAAUUCACUUCAACUCGGACCUCCCCGGGGCUCCGAUGCCCACGACGCCCACCGUGGGGCCGACACCCUUUCCCAUCUCACCCUUCUUCUCCACGUCCCACCUGCCGACCUACUAUCCGCCCGCCCCCUUGCAGUACGUCUGGACCGAUGGUGUGCGUCACCCGUUGCGUCCAAAGCCGCCUCGCAUGGGUGAGGUCUUUUACACUCGCUACGUCCCGAGUGUAGGCCAGUACCUGUCCUUCCGCGUCGCAUCGUCGUCGCCGUCUCCCGUGCCGUACUUUGGCCCCAUAUGUCCCAACACCGAGAAAAGGACGCCGGAGCAGCAGAACCUGACGACUCUCAGCGACACCGCGUUGCUGCAGACGUGGCACGCCAACCCGCGCGUGCGUGAAUUUUGGGGCGACUACGGGGUCGGCCAGCUUGAAACAGCGCUGCGCUCGCGCCACUCGUUUCCCGUCAUCGGGCUGUGGAACGGCGUUCCGUUUGGGUACUUUGAGGUGUACUGGGUCAAGGAGGAUGUCCUGGGACGGCAUGUCGCGGGCAGCCACGGCGAUGUUGGAGACUGGGACCGUGGGCUGCACAUCAUGGUCGGGGAGGAGUGGGCGAGGGGGAAGGUAUCUGCGUGGUUGACGGGGCUGAUGCAUUGGUGUUGGACGGCGGACAUCCGCACCAUGAGCGUGUGCCUGGAGCCGCGCGUUGACAACCAGAGGAUGCUGGGACAUUUGGAUUCCCUGGGAUUCUCCAAGGAGAGGCAGGUCUCGUUUCCGCACAAACAGGCGUGGUUUGUGCGGUCCCGGAGAGACGCAUGGGAGGGCCCUGCGCUGUAG